GUGCGGUUGGUGAGCCUCCUCCUUGGUGCUCCAGUCAGGGAUCGCCACGGGGGAUCAACCUUCUUCAGCGCACUCUGUCUUCUGUUCCUUCCUCAGCCACACCCAUUACAAGCAUGUCUCCUUUCAUAAACCUUCCCUUGGGUCUUCCUUUCCUUCGCCUGCUGGAUAGUCCCAUCUCCAGUAUCCUCUUCCUCAUAUUCUCCUCGUCUCUUGAUAUCCUUCUCUUGAUGUGCCCAGACCGCCUCGAUCAAACUCAUUACAAGCAUUUCUUCUCUCACAAACCAUCUCUCGGCUCUUCCUCUUUUCAUCGUGCUGUAUAGGUCCACCUCCAACAUUCUCCUGCCCACACUCUCCUCGUUUCUCUUCUUAGCGCGCCCAAAACACCACAGUCUCUCUUUUGUAGCUUAUUCCUGAAAGCCGUGUCUGUUUUAGCUGUUUUAGUCCUCAGCUAACACUCCUAACCUAACAAAUCCUUAGAAAGACAGUCAAACCACCGUAGAGAGUACUGCAACCAAAGUACUGUAGCCAAAACAAAGGGAAAUUACUGAUUAUUCUUGACAGCGGUAAGGCAACACCCCUAUCCUUACAGAUCCGAGAAGAGACACACAAGCCACCCUAAAAAUUACUGAAACGAACACAAACCCUGACUAUUCUUGACGCGAAACCCACGGGCCGGCGAGGCAACACCCCUGCCCUUAAUAGACCAUCAUACCAUUUUUGAACGCACACCAUUCCUUCUUCUUUACCUUUCUUCCUUUAACCUUCCCCCUGGCACAUCUCAUCUUGCGGUUCUUGCCAUUCACCUUAAAAAGUACUGAAACCAAUUACUGUAACCAAAAGAGAGACGGAUUGUUGAGUAUCCCUAAGGCGAAACCCACGCGGCGAUCCUGCGCGUGGCCUCAGUGCGCAUGCGUUGCCUGGAGGUAUAUAAAACCCGCGCUCCCCUCCUCUUGGGCUUCGUAAUCCGUAGACUGCGCUGUCGGGAGAGUCUUCUGCUGACUCUCUUCUUUCGCCUCUCGCCCCCACGCCUCUCAGUAAAGGUCUUGGUGACGCGAUGCUCGGCGUGAUAGGACAGACUGGGUUCCUGUUCAUCCUGGCCCAGCUGACUCUUCUACUAGCCGAUGACAGGGUGACGUGCUGCAUGGGCGGGUGGAAGACUGUGCGCGGGGUGACGCUGUGCUCCAAGCCGUGCUGCGCGGGGUACGAGGAGCGGCAGGUGAGGGCGCCCUUCCUGGUGAGCCCCGUCGUGUGCCACAAGCUGACGCCCCAGGAGCUGCUGGAGCGGGAGGAGGCGCGCAUGACCACCACCACGCCGCCCCCUCAGCCUGCCGCGCCGCCCCUUCUUGACCAGCCUCGCCGCUUCGUCCGCGCUGCCUCGCUGUACCGUGCCUUUCUGUACCGCCACCGCCACAUGUUCCUCGGGCUCCUGCGGGAAGGAUUCUCACGUAAAGAGCUCCUGGCUAUCCUUGAACGCUUCCUGAAUGAGAUCUCAGCUGAACUUGACAAACCUGCAGUCUGGUACGGUAACUAACAGUGCUGGGCGUCACGCAAGUCGAAAAUCGGAGGCUUGAAGAGCUGAAGGCAAGGAUAGAAAACAAUAUAUAGUCUAAGAAAAGAAGCAGAAUGAGGAAUGAAGCCAAGGAGAGAUAAGUGAGCCCCCUCCUUCUCUCCCCUCGCAGCGGUACUCAUUGGUAUAACCUGCUGGAAUGUGUGGGUGUAUAAUUAUAGUCUUCUAUCCUUGGUUGAAGCGAGGCUGGCUGCGUGUCAGUGUGUUGGUGAGGAGUGAGGGGAGGGAAGCCAGCGGGAGGAGAGAAGAUGGGAAAGUUUGUGGUUGUAGCUAGUGGUGAUGAUGAUUUGGAAGAAGGAAGAGGAGGGAGAGGAGAAUGAGAACAAGAAUACGGUGAAGAAUUAGAGAAAAGAGGAAGUAUUCGUAAAAGGUUGAUGGUAAUAUGAGGAGGAAGAAGGAAGAAGGAAGACAAGAACGGGAUGAUGAAGAAUUAGAAAAAGAGAAAAGAUUCGUAAAAAAAAAUUACUAUGGGGAAGAAGAAGAAAAGAGCUAGAAGAAAACUAAAAGGACGAUGAUAAAAUGGAUAACAGCAACAACAACAACAACACGAAAAAAAAAGAAAUAGUUUGAACUUGAAUGUCCUUCCUUGAUAAACAUUAGCAGAGAGAGAAAGAGAGAGAGAGAGAGAGAGAGAGAGAGAGAGAGAGAGAGAGAGAGAGAGAGAGAGAGAGACUGGUCUAGGGCACGUGAAGGUUGUCUAAUGGCGCAGCGCAGUUUAUCACCAUUUAUUCUAUCCCCGCGUUGCGCCAUUCAUAAAUAAACAUUCUGUUGAUG